ACAAGGCGAAGCGUUCUAAUGCCUUCACUGCAACUCAAUGCCUCCUCAUCUUUUUUAACUUCUCAAGGGAGCUGUCCGAGGGAAAAACGAAAAGAAAGAGCUUUCUCUCUCUCUCUCUCUCUCUCUUUGUGAGUUCGCGGGAGGGGGCAAAAAUGGCGGUCAGGGCGAUGGAUGUGCCCGCCCUCUCUCUUCUGCUCGCUAUUCUCGUCUUGAGCUCUUGCCGAGGAGCUCGGUCGGAUGCGUCGGAUCACAGAUACAAGGACGGUGACCCCGUUCCUCUUUACGUCAACAAAGUCGGCCCCUUUCACAACCCCAGUGAGACGUAUCGUUAUUUCGAUCUACCGUACUGUUCACCAGGGGACGUGAAAGAGAAGAGAGAGGCUCUGGGCGAGGUUUUGAAUGGCGAUCGUUUGGUGGUUGCGCCUUACAAGCUUGAUUUCAAGGUCAUGAAGUCGUCGGAACCUGUGUGCAAGAAGAAAUUAUCCAAGGAAGAGGUUGUGACAUUCAGGCAAGCGGUGAUCAAGGAUUACUACUUCCAGAUGUACUAUGACGAUCUGCCGGUUUGGGGAUUCAUCGGGAAAGUUGAGAAGGACAGCAAAAACGAUCCUAGCCAGGCGAGAUAUUUGCUCUUUAAUGAAGUUCGUUUUGAGGUCUUGUACAACAACGAUCGGGUGAUCGAAAUCAGCGUCCAGGCUUCUCCAGAGACCGCAGUUGAUAUUACUGAGGAUAAGGAGGUCGAUGUGGAAUUUUCAUAUUCAGCGUCGUGGAGGCAGACAAAUACACCUUUUGAGGCGAGGAUGGAGAGAUACUCGAAGUCAUCUUCGCUGCCUCAUCACCUGGAGAUCCACUGGUUCUCGAUCAUAAACUCCUGUGUUACUGUCCUUCUUCUCACUGGAUUUCUUGCGACCAUUCUAAUGCGUGUGCUAAAGAAUGACUUUGUCAAAUAUUCUCAUGAUGAGGAGUCUGCUGAAGACCAAGAGGAGACUGGAUGGAAGUACAUCCAUGGAGAUGUUUUCAGAUACCCAAAACAUAAGUCCUUACUCGCUGCUGUUCUUGGGUCUGGGACGCAGCUGCUGACUCUGUAAAACAAUCUUUAUUUUAUCCUGGCACUAGUUGGGGUCUUCUAUCCAUAUAACAGAGGAGCUCUAUUCACCGCACUGGUUCUUAUAUAUGCUUUUACAUCUGGUAUUGCUGGUUACACUGCAACGUCUUUCUAUUGCCAGCUGGAGGGAACAAACUGGGUGAGGAAUUUGUUGCUCACUGGAUGCCUCUUUUGUGGGCCUCUAUUCCUUACAUUUUGUUUUCUAAACACUGUUGCUAUAGUUUACAGUGCUACUGCAGCAUUGCCAUUUGGCACCAUCCUGGUUAUUCUUCUCAUAUGGAUGCUAGUUACAUCACCUUUGCUUGUCCUGGGUGGUAUAGCUGGUAAAAAUAGUAAGGCUGAGUUCCAAUCUCCAGUUCGGACAACAAAAUAUCCUAGGGAGAUCCCACCAUUGCCUUGGUACAGAGGAACUCUCACCCAGAUGGUGAUGGCUGGAUUUUUGCCUUUCAGUGCUAUCUACAUUGAACUUUACUAUAUCUUUGCAAGUGUAUGGGGGCAUCGAAUCUACACCAUCUACAGCAUUCUGUUCAUUGUUUUCAUCAUUCUCAUCAUUGUCACUGCAUUUAUCACCGUGGCACUGACAUAUUUUCAGCUCGCUGCUGAAGAUCAUGAAUGGUGGUGGAGGGCUGUUCUUUGUGGAGGAUCUACAGGGAUAUUUAUCUAUGGAUACUGCCUGUAUUACUACUAUGCACGAUCGGACAUGUCCGGUUUCAUGCAAACGUCUUUCUUCUUUGGUUAUAUGGCAUGCAUUUGCUAUGGCUUCUUCCUCAUGCUUGGAACUGUUGGCUUCCGUGCUUCAUUACUGUUUGUUCGCCAUAUAUAUCGGUCAAUCAAGUGCGAGUAAUUAGAGUGCCUCAGAGAAAAUUCAGGUACCUUGUUAGCUGGUUCUCUACUUUCCAAGCUUUGAUAUAGAGAAAUAGCUUCAGAUAUGUUUUGUUGGAGUAGAUACUAGGAAAAAAUAACUGUUAACUCAAACAAGCCAGGAAGAUUGACGGUGUUUCCAGAAAAAAAGCUAGCUGAGCAAUAUCUUUUUUCUUGGGGAGCAUGGUUUGUGAGAGAACCUCAAGGCUCAGAUAUAGGAGUAGUUUGUAAGUUGUAACCUUACAUGUACCUGUACUUUCUGGAAAGCCAUUUUCGUUCUCAUUGUUGCUUCUCUGGACUGCUUCCCUCAGGAGUUGAUGUAUAUUCUACGGAGGAAUAUUUCCUUAUGGGCUUCAAAAAUGUCUGUAUUUCUUACGUUGGUGAAUGGGAAUUGAAUUUCAAAAUUCUGCAUAUUGUUUUGGUUA